AUGCGACCAUACCAUCUAGACCCUAUGAUAUAUGAAAAAAUAUAUGAUGAAGAGGAAAGUGGAGAACGCAAACACGCUAAAGAUGCGCUUCUGCUUUGGUGUCAACGUAAAACUGCUGGUUAUCCGAAUGUCAGGAUUGAAAACUUCACCACAAGUUGGCGUAACGGACUGGCGUUCAAUGCGCUUAUCCAUGCUCAUAGACCUGAGCUGGUUAACUUCAACGCGCUCAAUCCUAAUGAUCACAUUGGAAACCUCAACAAUGCCUUUGAUGUGGCUGAGAGGAAAUUGGAGAUUGCGCGUCUUCUUGAUGCUGAAGAUGUUGACACGGCUCGUCCAGAUGAGAAAUCCAUCAUCACCUAUGUGUCCCUGUAUUAUCAUCACUUCGCGAAACAGAAGACCGAACUCACUGGAGCUCGCCGUGUUGCUAAUAUUGUUGGCAAAUUGAUGAGCAGCGAUGCUAUGGAAGAAGAUUAUGAACAUUUCUCUUCGGAUUUGCUGAAAUGGAUUCGCGAAACGAUCAAAGUACUCGAAAAUAGGAGAUUUCCAAAUUCUCUUGUUGGAAUGAAAGAAGAACUUGGAAAAUUCAACGAGUUUCGAACAGUUGAGAAACCUCCCAAGUAUGUCUAACU